CAAGUCUGAUCGUCCUCAUCUGCCAGUAAACCAAAGAUAUAAUUUCUUCGGUGACUUCCAUGGCUCCGCAUGUCUCUGAUGAUUCCCUACAGCCUCGAGAUGUUUGUGUUGUGGGAGUGGCGCGAACGCCUAUGGGGGGCUUCCUUGGCUCCCUCUCGUCUUUGACUGCCACAAGACUUGGGUCCAUAGCCAUUCAAGCCGCACUUAAGAGAGCACAUGUUGAGCCGGCCCUUGUGGAAGAGGUCUUCUUUGGCAAUGUCUUAACUGCCAAUCUUGGGCAAGCACCAGCAAGACAGGCUGCACUUGGUGCUGGGAUUCCCUAUUCUGUGAUCUGCACCACUAUCAACAAAGUCUGUGCUGCAGGAAUGAAAUCUGUAAUGCUAGCGUCUCAAAGUAUCCAGCUCGGCUUGAAUGAUGUUGUUGUUGCUGGUGGGAUGGAGAGCAUGUCAAACGUACCUAAGUACCUCCCGGACGCAAGAAGGGGUUCUCGAUUAGGCCAUGAUACUGUUGUUGAUGGUAUGAUGAAAGAUGGACUUUGGGAUGUGUAUAAUGACUUUGGAAUGGGAGUUUGUGGAGAAAUAUGCGCUGACCAGCACCAUAUUACAAGAGAAGAACAGGAUGCUUAUGCUAUCCAGAGCUUUGAGCGUGGUAUUGCUGCGCAAAACACUCAGUUGUUCGCUUGGGAAAUUGUUACGGUCGAAGUUUCCACUGGAAGAGGAAGGCCUUCGGUAGUUAUUGACAAGGAUGAAGGACUGGGGAAGUUUGAUGCAGCCAAGUUAAAAAAGCUUAAACCAAGUUUCAAGGAGAAUGGGGGAUCAGUCACUGCUGGAAAUGCAUCAAGCAUAAGUGAUGGUGCGGCAGCAUUAGUGCUGGUGAGUGGAGAGAAGGCUCUUGAGCUUGGACUGCAUGUCAUCGCUAAGAUUAGAGGAUACGCUGAUGCUGCUCAGGCACCAGAGUUGUUCACAACCACGCCAGCUCUUGCCAUUCCUAAAGCUAUAAAGCGGGCUGGUUUGGAUGCAUCACAAGUGGAUUACUAUGAAAUAAACGAAGCCUUUUCUGUUGUAGCUCUGGCCAAUCAGAAACUGCUGGGAUUAGAUCCUGAACGGCUGAAUGCGCAUGGAGGGGCAGUUUCACUGGGACAUCCAUUGGGAUGCAGCGGCGCUCGUAUCUUGGUCACAUUAUUGGGGGUGUUGAGAGCAAAAAAGGGAAAGUAUGGAGUGGCAUCAAUAUGCAACGGAGGAGGAGGAGCAUCAGCACUUGUCCUUGAGUUCAUGUAAGCCCCCUCUUUAACUCUGGUCGGAGAAGACAAUCGGAUAUUCGGCACUCUGAAGCCAAGAGAUGUUGUUAUAACGCAAGAAUGUGUGUCACAAGACUGUUUAACUUUGUACUUGAGAGAGAUGCAAUAAAAGUGUGUUAGAAAAUGAGACGUGUAAUGUCAAUAAAGUAGAUAGAUUUAC